AUGAGUGCCAACUCGAUUGAGCGCACGACGCGUCUCCACGAGCUCGACCUGCAGCAUCAACAAAACCGCCACAAAACCGAUCUCAUCAGCCGAGAUGAAGCUGCUCGCCGUCUGGAGCUCCGGUUGUUGCUCCUCCAAGAUGAAAAGACUCAGCUACAGGAGGAAUGUGCCGCGAAGGAUGCGGAGAUAAAAGCUCUGGCCCAAGAUGGCGACCAAUUGCGCGUCGAACUGGAUAGAGUCAAGGCUAGGGAUCCCGCCAAAGAUGCGCAGGUGAACGGCACUACCUCCAAGACCACGGCUUCGGCUACGGAGGUCAAGUCAUCAGAAACCUACAUGCAAGAUCUGAGCAAGGCCUUGGAUGAGAAUCUCGCCCUUACGAAGGAACUCGAGCAAUUGCGACCAGAGAUUGAGCUGCUACGGGAACAAGUGACGAAAUACGAGAAGAUGAUAGCCGAACAACGCGAGUCGCAGCCUCAACAGGAGCAAUCGGAAAAGGAGGUUGCGAGCAAAGGGCAGUCGAAGCCCAAAGGGCCGGACGAGAUAGGCGAAGAUAUCGUCGAGCUUCGAGCAGCGUUGAAAAAGGCUACAGAAGAACUGAACGAGGAGAAGAAACACCGAAAAAGCAUGGAGUCAGAUCAUCUUGAGGAAAUGGAGAAAUCGGAACGUCAGAAACACAGGCUGGAAGGAAAGAUAUCGACCUUGGAGAAGAAGCUGAAAGAAUCUCAGAAGGAGCUUCAAGAUCUGCGGAAAGAUAUCGAGGCGUCUCGGUCAAGCGUCAAAGAAGAUGGUCCGGAUGACGGGACAACCAUUCACACUCAAGGAGCGACAGCCGAACAGCCUCCGGCGGCUGAGAAGGAAAGACUGACUCGCAGGCACGCGUCGAGGAAGCGUGUAUUAGAACAAGCUAAGAUGGGAGAAAAGUCUACUUUCUCAAUCACUCCGUUGCUCAACAAAACAGCAGAUGGCAUCUUGGACGCUGUGAAGGAGGGUAAUGCCCUUACACUGCCGCUAGACGAUGUACUUGCGCAAGACGAAAACGAUCCAUCACCACGGAGGAUGGCAAACAAAUCUGAAGCCCUGCCUACAGCAACACUGGAUGUCGGAGAAGAAACUACAACCCCUUUGAGGCCUCGAGAGAAACUGAAUCCGAAAGCGAAGAAGAAAGCAGUAGCCGCGGACGGAGACAAGGUUCAAGUGAACUCUGAAGACAAGAAAGAUGAGGCAGCACCGAAUGCAACUCGCUCAAAGGAGACGGCUCCGUCCAAGAGGAUCAAGCUGCAUGAGCCUGCCAUAGCCGAACCCCCUCCUCCUCCUGAGGGCGAGCAGAGGAAGAGGAGGAGGAAACUCUUGAACAAGACUAACACCAUUCUAGAGGAAGACGAGACUGAAGAAGGAGCCCAAUCUAUGGAAGCCCAACCUGGUCGGGCUAGAAAGCUGAAAUCUUCAGGGACAACCGCUUUCAGCUCGCAAAGUCUGUUGCCUCUCCUCUUAUACGACUUGAAGUUCCCGCUCUUCUUUUAG